AUGGCGUGGCGUGGCGUCGCAUUAGACACUUUCAACCUUACAGAGGGGAUGAUUCCAACCGCUCGCUUCCUUUUACUCCCUACUCCACCAUCCCCCCCCAUCCCCCCGCCCCUUGUCCCACCCUUGCGGCCCUUGCAUGCACGCAAUCCGUCCGCGCUACAGGCUGCUGCGUUUUCCGCGCUGGUGCUGCUGGCGGUGCUGUGCUGGGCGUUCAUCUCCGCCAUGCAGCCCUCCCCCCACUCCCUCGCCCUCCACCUGCGCACGCAACGCCUUGACGCCGCUGCUCUCGCCGUCCUCUCCAUCCAACAGAGGCUGCAAUACGCAGCAGUGGCGCAGGCCAUAGCGCUGACGUCAGCUCUUAACGCUGUGGCCAGAAGCAACGUCAGCACUGGUAGACAGAGCAGCAGCAGCAACGUAACGAGCAUCCUAGCACACUCCCAGGAGACUGCCAGCUCAGCAAUUGCCACGUCUGUGGGCGCUAGCCUGGCAGCUGUCCCCCUUGCUGACGUGGCAGCAGCUUGGGCUGGCAUCAGCAUCAACAGUGGCAGCAGGCCAGCCAGUCCGGAAGAAACCCAGAAGCUUCCUUCGCGUCUUCUGCUUGUUUCAGCCACUGGAGGGCUUUUGUUGUCCUCUUCUGGUGCAGCGGGCGGCCCUGUAGCACCUGAUGACGUCAUUGUGACGUCAUUAAUGUCUGCAUUAGGUUUAGGCAAGCCUGCUGAGUCAGCAGGUCAGGGUGCUGAGUCAGCAGUGCCUGUGGUCGAACCAGUAUCGGUGAACACGUCAGCAGCAGCGUUAGGCAGUGUGAUGAGAUCGCUACAGACAAAUAUCGCCGGCCAGGAGUACCAUGUUGACUCUCUUCCUCUUGUCUUCAGCACUACUGCCAAUUACACCAUCGUGUAUGCAUCAGCAGUGGCCCUGUAUGAGACACCGCCACCAACCUCCACGAAAAUUGCGUCCCUCGUGCUGCUGCUGCUCUCCAUCGCUGCUCUGCUCGCCUGUGCGCUGCUGCUCAUCUCGGCCGUACGCAGGCGCAGUGGCAAUGUGGCCUUCCUGCAGGACGAGGUGCAGAGGCAGAUGAUGCUCACCAAGAGGGCGGAAACGAGGUCCCAGACCAAGAGCGCCUUUCUCGCCAGCAUGAGUCACGAGCUGCGCACCCCAAUGGCAGCCAUUCUAGGCCUGCUGGACCUCGUGUUGUGUGAGGACCUGCUGCCCGAGGUGCAUGUGAACGUGCAGCAGAUCAAGCUGGCAGCCACUGCGCUGCUAGGCCUGCUCAACUCCAUCCUCGACCUCAGCAAGGUGGAAGCGGGAAAGCUGGUGCUGGAGUGUGUGGACUUUGACAUCAGGAAAGACCUUGAGCUCAUCGUGGAGAUAUUCUCCGUGCAGGCUUUAACCAAAGGAACAGAGAUCUCUCUAGAUCUUUCAGAUGAUCUGACGCGCAUGGUUCGGGGCGACCCGCACCGCGUGCGGCAGGUGUUUAACAACCUGCUCUCCAACUCCAUCAAGUUCACCCCCAACGGCCACAUCGUCAUCCGCGCCUGGAACCGCCCCGCUCAUGGCCAGCAACAGCAGCACGCGCAGCAGUACGGACAGCAGCAGCAGCACGGGCAGUUGGGAUGGGCAGAAGGGGAACGGGCGGCGCUGCAAGGGGUCGGGUCGGGGGCGAUGGAGGGGAGUCAGCACGGGGGAGGGGAAGGGGGCGGGGGGGAGGAGAAGGAGAGGGGGAAGGGGAAGGUGGAGCUGGUGUUUGAGUUGGAGGACACGGGGUGUGGAGUGCCCAAGGACAAGAGGGAGGCGAUCUUUGAGACGUACGGCCAGGCGGACCAGGCGCAUGGGCGGAUCGGCACGGGGCUGGGCUUGGCUAUCGUGCGAUCACUAGUGGAGAUGAUGGGGGGCAAGAUAGCAGUGGUCGACAAGCCCACGCUCGGUCCAGGCUCCCUUUUCCGCUUCAACCUCUCCCUCGACCACCCCGACCCCGCAGCAGCAGCCGUGCGGGCGAGCGGGGAGGCGGAGGAGCAGGAGAAGGAGAGCUGGCGGCUGGAGGCGCCGCUGAUGCGCGCGCUGUGGGACGGAGACGUGCUGCUGGUGAUGGGGGCGUGCCCUGGCAGGGAGGUGGCGGGGAAAUGGUUGAGGCAGCGAGGGCUGACAGUGGUGGAGGUUGGGGCGUGGGAGGAGAUGGUCGACCGCAUUCGCCAGCCUCUAAGCUCUGCCGAUGCUUUUGCCGCCCUGCAAAGGUUCGGAGAUCCGCCAGCCGGGGCAGCAGGUUCGGGAGAAGCAGGGAAGGAAGGUUCGGGGCUAGGCAGCUCGCCCCUGCGGUUGGCGCGCAUAGCGAGUGUGAGCAGCGGGCACAGGAGACAGAGCAGCCUGGAGCGAAUCGGAGCACUCUUUAGCGGAGCAGGAGGGGGACCAGGGGGAGGGGGAGACAAAGAUGCAGGAGGGGUUGGGGUGGGUGGAUGGGAGGCGCCUGGUAAGAGUGGUUUAGCCAAGGAAGGGAUGGGGGGUGGGGGCGCAGGAGGGGGGACAGGAGGGGGAACAGCAGGGGGAGUAGGAGUGGGAGCAGGAGGGGGGGCGAGGAGAGGACUCGAAAGGACAGUGAGUUUACAGUCUGAUAAAAAAGUUCUGGGAGGGGGAGGAGCAGCAGCAGGGGGCGGUGCUGGUGGUGGGCUGUGGAAGCAAGGAAGCUUGACCCUCGGGAAGGUGUUUCGGCGGGGCAGUGGGGGCAGUGAUGCGAGCUCUGGUGGGGCGGGAGGGGAGCAGCGGGUUUUCAAGCACGAACAGCGACGGAUGGAGCAGCUGUUGAAUCUGGCUAUGGAUAUUAAGUACGGGAUUGGGGGGAAUGCGGAGGGGGGUGUGGGAGGGGAGCGAGGAGGUGAGGAUGGGGAGGAGAGAGAGGGGGAUGGGGAGGGAGAGGGAGCUGGGGGGAGUGAGGGAGGUGCAGGAGGAGGGGUGUGGGGGGUUCUGGACGAGUUGGGGAAGGAGAAGGGGAGGGAGAGAGGGAGGGAGAAGGGAGGAGGGAACGGAGGAGUGAAGGGAGGAGGGAAGGAGGGGAAGGGGCGCAAGAGUGUGAAUGUGAAUGUGAGGAUUCAGAGGUGCUUGAGUGCGGUGGAUGAGGAAUUGGGCCAUGCAGACGAGAUGAGCAAUGGAGGGGAGGAUUCCUGCCUCUCCACCCCUGUUGGUAGUUCUGAGUUCGAUCUCACGACCCCGAGGUCUGAGGAGGUAGAGGAGCGAGAGGAGAAAGAGAUGAUGGAUGGGAGAGAGGGGAGAGAGGGGAAAGAGGAGAGAGGAGAGAACGAGGGCAAAGAGGAGAGAGGAGAGAUAGAGCGGAGAGAGGGGAAAGAGGAGAGAGAGGAGAGAGAGGAGAGAGAAGAGACGGCCAGUACCGUUCGCAAAGAAGGAGGGAGGGUUCCGAGAGUGUAUAAAAUCCAGGAUCUUACUACCCAACUGGAUCUUACUGCCCAACUGGAUCUUACUGCCCAACUGGAUCUUACUGCCAAACUGGAUCUUACUGCCCAACUGGAUCUUACUGCCCAACUGGAUCUUACUGCCCAACUGGAUCUUACUGCCCAACUGGAUCUUACUGCCCAACUGGAUCUUACUGCCCAACUGGAUCUUACUGCCCAACUGGAUCUUACUGCCCAACUGGCACAGUGGCACUCUAUGUCCACAACCAUACCUCAUACACAAACCCCCCCAUGCCGGCCCAUCACACCACCCCCGCCAGGUGUGCACAUCCUAUUGGCGGAGGACGUGGCAAUGCUGCAGCGGGUGGCGGUGCUGAUGUUGAAGAAGAUGGGCGCGACGGUGGUGGUGGUGAGCAACGGUCAGGAGGCGUUGGAUGCGGUGACGAGGCAGAUCCGAGGGGAGGCGGGCGGGGGAGAGGCGUUUGACCUCGUGCUCAUGGAUUGCCAGAUGCCUGUGUUGGACGGGUACGCGGCAACGCGGGCAAUAAGAGAGGUGGAGAGGGGUGCACAGGUGCACAUUCCGGUGGUGGCACUCACAGCUAAUGCAAUGGCAGGGGACCACCACAAGUGCCUAGAUGCCGGCAUGGAUGGGUAUCUCACUAAGCCUAUAGACAGCAAGCUACUAACGGAAACGGUGAAGAAGCUCUUAGGGGAACGGAGGAAGCACCAGUGA